AUGCCAAGCAGACGCGGGCUCAAGUCUCUGCUUUUGAACAUCCCGGGCAAAGCAGUUCUCGAGGGCGACGAUGUGCCUGACGUACUGUAUACUGUACAGUACCUCAGCGGCGGAAGAAUCAUUGGAACCCGUCAGAGUGAUAAGCCCCCGGGGCACAUUCUCUUGGAGCCGGAAAACCAUGGCACCAGCGACAAGAAGAUGCCCGUCAUCGAGAUACUAACCUCGGUCUAUGCGAGCCAAUCGCGCCCAUCUAGUGUCUAUCCUAGGUCCAGAAGUCGUGGGAGAAUGCCACCGCCUCCGAAGGCGUCAACUGUGAUGGUGAUUCGCUCUAGUCACUUGCGGGCUGCUCUGCAAGCUGUCAUCGGCUACUACCCAGGCUUUGAGAUCAUCCAAGAUGACUGCGAAAUUGAGGCCCCGUUUCGCGUCCUGGUCCACCACUGGAAGGCGCUGGAGCGUUACAAAUUGGACCAGCCUGCCUGUCACGAUGCUGAAUAUGCAGCAACCACCUCGCGCCACAUAGAUGUGCUUCUGGCCUUCCUCGAGGACAUGUAUUCUCAGAAACUGGCCUUGGAAACCAGCCGUUGGGCAAACCCUGCCGGCGGGACCGCAACGUUUGAUCUCUUCUGGCUCCUCCUGGAGCCUGGGCAAAUCGUUUACCACGAAAAGGACGGCCAGAUGGUCCCCUUUAUAGUCAGUGAACUAGACAUCGCCAACCAACAAGGUGCCACCCAGCCAGGGUACGAGGUGUGGCUCUGGAACAUAUGCUUCUCGAAGGGUCGAAUGCAAAGAACCAGCACCAAAGUUGUUGUACACCCGUGGAACGGCGAGAGGCUUAUUCACACAUUGUCCGUGAUUCCAGCCCGCUUCAUACCUGGCGGCGAAGACGCCGUGGCUGAGGAGCAAAUCAAACUGGGCAGGCUUUUCUGGGAUCUCGCAAAACAGCCGUCGUACAAAGAUUACGAUGGUCGGGUGGUCUUCAAGAGCGAUAAGAAGGCUGCCAAUAUCACCGGCCGGGUUAUUGUGGACUGCGAAGGCUUCGAGCGCUUCGGAGACGGAGCCUUUCCGCCACCACCAGUGCAUCGCCGCGACGGCUCUCCCAUGCGACGCACUGUACCUGAGGAUUUAGGGGAACCUCCACUGCCCCAGGUUCAGUCUUGCUGUACAUGCAAAGCCUGUAGCAAAGCAGGGCUCCCGAUGGAGCCUUCGCCCUGGGCCGGCUUCGACAAUCUGGAUCCCCAAACCGACAGCCCACCCGCGAACGAGAAUCUCUAUUUCCAUCUGUUGGGCCCGACCAUCCCGGCGUUCAUUCUCAGAGAACGACGCUGGGGCCACGUCCGCAUCGCCAACCUCACCGACGUCACCCACGACCGGGAGGCCUUCAAAUACCUCGUCCUCGACCCAGAGAUCAAGCUCACCGUCACAGCCAUGAUUGGCCGAUUCGCCUCCCUGGACGGCAAGGUCAACCCCUGGCCGUCCGACUUCAUCAAGAACAAGGGCGAAGGCCGCAUCUUUUUGCUGCACGGCUCGCCAGGGGUGGGCAAGACCUGCACGGCCGAGUGCGCCGCCGAGCUUGCUCGCCGGCCCCUCAUGGCCCUCACGAGCGGGGACAUUAACCCGAGCAUGGACAGCUACGGGGUGGAGAGAUGGCUGAACUACUUUUUGAAGCUCGGCGAGCGGUUCGGCGCCCUGGUGCUGCUGGACGAGGCCGACGUGUACCUCGAGCGUCGGCGGACGAGGGAUUUAAGGAGGAACGGAUUGGUCUCGAUUUUCCUGCGGGCGCUCGAGUAUUACCGUGGGGUUCUGUUCCUGACUACCAACAGAGUCGAGGCGUUUGAUGAUGCGUUUACCAGCAGGAUUCACGUCGCGCUUCACUAUAAGCGUCUGGGAACUAGUGAGAGGCAGAGGAUUUGGAUGCAGCAUUUUGAGAGGCUGGGUGAGUUACCCCGUUUCCAUGAAUUCUGUCUUGAUCACCCUUUUUGUUUGUUUCCAGCCUCAUUCCCCCUUUCAACUAACAAUAUUAUCUCCAAACAAGAACGCGACUCGUCCCAAAAAGUCUACAUCCCCCCGGCCACCAAGACCUACGCCCUCGAGUCGGCCGAGGUGGACGCGCUUGAGUGGAACGGCCGCGAGAUCCGCAACGCGCUGCAGACGGCCGUGGCCCUGGCCGAGGCCGAGGCCGUCGAGGAGGCCGGGCUUGAGUCCGCCGUUGUGCUGGCCGACCGGCACCUGCGUGCUGUUGUGCGUAUGAGCGCCGGGUUCAAGGAGUUUUUAGGCGCCGCCAAUCCCAAUGUCUCCGGUGAUGGUGACGGUCGUCGGCGUGGUCGGCGUCAGGGCCGUCUGCACGUUCGUGCUGCUGCUGCGACGAGAAGUGAACGGGUUGGUGAUGAGGAAUUGGAGGGGCACGAGAACGAGGACGAGGUAAAGCAGGAGGUCAACCGGGACUUGGGGCAGGAGAGUUCCGGGGAGGAGUCGGGGUAG